ACACACAGACGCCCAGCAGGUGAGAUGGAAACUACAGAAGAGAGAAAAGUCCACGUUUUUGAGAAGAGAGAAGCGACAACUUAGCAAGAGUCAACCACAACUGACCGAGAAGAAGUUUCAAGAGGAACGUGGAAGUGGAGAAGUGUCGUCUGAGUUGUCCCCCUCCACUGAAGUAUGAGUAUGACUUGUUGUUAGAGAGCUGACGGGGCAUCUUGUGACUUUUUCUGCCCAAGAGAAGAGGAAGGGAGAAGUGAAUGACAGGCAAGAAGCCAGCAGAGCGUGCGCCGUUUUUCCACUCUCUCCAGAUCUGACAGUUAUGAGCAAGAACGAGGGGAGAAGACCACUGUAAAUAAAGCCGAGAGGGACACAGCCUGAAGGAAAGUUACUACUGCAGCUCUGUUUCACCCUGGAGUUACUUCAGACAGUGGGGUUUGUGGACGCUUUUAAGACACGCACUCACAGAAGGAGUGUUUCAUUGGACAGCUGUGGAGGACAGGCAGUAUGGAUAGUGGUUUGUCUGCUCUGCGCUCGGAGGCGGUGGGAGCCAUGAGGACGGCGCUGGUGUCUGCUGAGAACUUACAGCUCAGUCUGAGGACGGGGCUCAGUCAGGAAGAACAGGCCCUCACACAAACCAAGAAUAACUCAAAGGAGGGACAGAAAAAUGGAAAUGAAGACCUUAAAGAGAUGUUGGAAAGCAACAAGGAGUCGCUCAAACUGGAGGCCAUGAAAAGGGUCGUUGGGCUGAUUGCCAAAGGAAAAAAUGCCUCUGAGCUGUUUCCUGCUGUCGUGAAGAAUGUUGCAAGCAAGAACAUUGAGCUUAAGAAGCUGGUGUAUGUGUACCUGGUGAGGUACGCAGAGGAGCAGCAGGACCUGGCUUUGCUUUCUAUCAGCACUUUCCAGCGUGCCCUCAAGGACCCAAACCAGUUUAUCAGGGCCAGCGCUCUGAGGGUUUUGUCCAGUAUCCGGGUCCCUAUAAUCGUCCCCAUCAUGAUGCUGGCCAUCAAGGAGGCCGCAGCAGACCUGUCCCCGUAUGUGAGGAAGACAUCAGCUCAUGCUAUCCAGAAGCUCUACAGCUUGGAUCCGGACCAGAAAGAGCAGCUGAUCGAAGUGAUAGAGAAGCUACUGAAAGACAAAAGCACACUUGUGGCCGGCAGUGUGGUGAUGGCUUUUGAAGAAGUGUGUCCAGACCGCAUCGACCUGAUCCAUAAGAACUACAGGAAGCUGUGUAACCUGUUGGUGGAUGUGGAGGAGUGGGGACAGGUGGUCAUCAUCUCCAUGCUGACACGCUAUGCCAGAACGCAGUUUACAAGUCCCUGGAAGGAUGGUGUCAUGUUUGAUGAGAAUAACGAGAAAGCGUUUUAUGAGUCCGACUCCGAGGAGAAGAAAGAAGAGACAGAAGCCAAGCCGUACGUCAUGGAUCCAGAUCACAGACUGCUGCUCAGGAACACCAAACCUCUGCUGCAGAGCAGGAACACUGCUGUGGUGAUGUCAGUUGCUCAGCUCUAUUGGCACUUGGCACCCAAGCAUGAGGUCAGCAUCGUCACAAAGUCACUGGUUCGUCUGCUGAGAAGUCACAGAGAGGUGCAGUACAUUGUGCUGCAGAAUAUUGCCACCAUGUCCAUUCAGAGGAAGGGAAUGUUUGAACCCUUUAUGAAGAGCUUUUACGUGAGAUCUACAGAUGCCACACACAUCAAAACACUUAAGUUGGAGAUCCUGACCAACCUGGCCAAUGAAGCCAACAUCUCCACCAUCCUGAGGGAAUUUCAGACCUACGUGAAGAGCCAGGAUAAGGCGUUUGCAGCAGCAACUAUUCAGGCCAUCGGCAGGUGUGCUACCAACAUCUCAGAAGUGACGGACACGUGUCUCAAUGGUCUGGUGCUCCUGCUUUCCAACAGAGAUGAGACGGUCGUGGCUGAGAGCGUGGUCGUGAUCAAGAAGUUGCUUCAGACUCAGCCCACCCAGCACUGCGAGAUCAUCAAACACAUGGCCAAGCUCUUCGACAACAUAACUGUCCCCAUGGCCCGAGCCAGCAUCCUGUGGCUGAUGGGGGAGUACUGUGAGAGGGUGCCCAAAAUUGCACCUGAUGUUCUCCGUAAGAUGGCGAAGACUUUCACUGCAGAGGAAGACAUUGUGAAGCUGCAGACGGUGAACCUGGCAGCCAAGCUUUACCUCACAAACUCCAAACAGACCAAGCUGUUGACCCAGUACAUCCUGAAUCUUGGUAAAUACGACCAAAACUACGACAUUAGAGACCGAACUCGCUUCAUACGACAGCUGAUAGUUCCCAAUGAGAAGAGCGGCGCCCUCAACAAAUAUGCUCGUCGCAUCCUGUUGGCCCCUAAACCAGCCCCUGUACUCGAGUCUUCCUUCAAAGAUCGAGACCGUUUCCAGCUGGGCACCCUCUCUCACAGCCUGAACACUAAAGCCACAGGAUAUCAGGAGCUCUGUGACUGGCCUGAAGUGGCUCCGGACCAGUCAGUGAGGAACGUGGAGGUCAUUGAGCCGAUUAAAGAGUGGGCCCCAGUAGUCGGUAAGGCCAAGAAGGCCAAAUCUGAUAAGUUUUACUCAGACGAAGAGGAGGAGAAGGAAGAGGAAGGGUCUGAGAGCAGCGGGAGUGAAGACAGCAGCAGCAGUAGCAGCAGCAGUGAAGAGUCUGGCAGUGAGAGCGAGGAGGAAAGCAGCGAAGAGUCAGAAAAGACGUCCAGUGAUUCUGGACAGAGCUCGAGUGGAUCUGAAAAGAGCUCCAGUGAGUCCGAUUCAGACCAAAAGAAGAAGAAAAAGACCAAGAAAACACCACAGAAGAAGAGCAAACCCGCUGCUGCUGAAAGUGACAGUGAUGAAAACGGUAAUGGACCUGUCCCCCAGGCAAGCAGUUCGUCAGCUGAAAGCUCAUCCAGCUCAGAGUCAGACUCUGAAGAAGACUCGGACUCAGACCCUGUCACACCACAGAAGAAGAAGAGUGAAGCCAAGGCAAAGCCCAAGGUGGAGGUGAGAUCGAAGAAGGAAGUCUCUUUACUGGAUCUAGAUGACUUCUCUCCUGCACCCACAAACGCACCAAAAUCUUCAGUCGUCUCUUCAAGCUUGCUCUCAGACCUUGAAGGUCUCUCUCUCUCCAAUGUCGCCUCCACCAUGCAGGUCACCACUCCAUCCUUCGGCCCUGUGAAAACUUACGAACUGCUUCACCAUAUGACAGGAAAAGGCCUGUCAGCCAAGUACCAUUUCCCCAGACAGCCCUGUUUGUACGAGCCCAGUAUGGUGUCUGUACAGGUCACACUGACCAACGGCUCGGACCACAGCCUGGAGGAGAUUCACAUAGGAGACAGGAGUCCAGUGAGCCUCAACAUCCACUGUUUCAACACCAUCGAGCGGCUGGAGCAAGAGGCCUCUGUGACGGUUUCCAUGGGUAUUGACUUCAGCGACUCGACGCAAGCAGCCAACUUCCAGUUGUGUACAAAAGAGGACCAGUUCAGUGUGUCCAUCCAGCCUGCUGUAGGAGAGCUGCUAAUGCCGAGCAGCAUGAACGAACAAGAUUUCUGCAAGGAGCAAGGUAAGCUCUUGGGCAUGAAUGAGACCUCUUCAACCAUCACCAUGGCAACAGCAAACACCUCCAGUCAGGCCAUCAACAAGCACAUCCUAUCGGUGGCCAACGUAGGAGUUGUUUCGUCCAGUCAGAACAACGUCCACAGGUUUGCCGGGCGGACAGUCAGCAGCGGCGCUCUGGUGUUGGUGUCGCUGGAGCUGAAGGAGUCGUCCACCGCCCUCCUCACCAUCAACACAGAGAAGAGCGUCAUGGCGUCCAUGUUGCUCCGAGACCUCAAACAAGCUCUUGCCCAGGCAUAGACUCCCCUCCCUCCUCCUUCCCUCCUCCUUUAGUAAAGGUAAAGGGGGAAACAGCACUUCAUUAAGGCUUUCAGAGAUUUUAUUUGUGAGGAUGAGGACAAUUAAAGCUGUACUGAGAAAAACCAUGGCACUUUUGGCUAAAAGCUGGAGGUUGAACUUGCUCACAGAGAACUGAAAGAGCACUCGUUUAAUUUUUUUCCAGUCGCUGCUUUUGUAAAGGAUUGUCGUAAUCUGCAGGAAAGUCUUUAUGCAGCUCCUAAAUGAAGUGUUGAUCCCCCAUUCAAACACACAGAAGAAUUUAUACAAGUGAUAAGAAAUUUAAAAGAAAUGAUUAGUAAUGCCUGAAUAUGACACUACCCUAUCACAAAAAUACAUUCAGAUCAUUUUCCUUAGCGAUGACUUUAAAAUUUUUCCUGGUUAUGGCUGUCACAAGUAAACAUGCCUCAACAAAACCACUGAUUUGACAGCUUAACUUCAUCAUAAUAACUGUACAAACAGAUUUAGUUAAAAGAAAAUGAAAGAAAGUUAAAUUCUCCCACAUUUUUACCCAUUUCUCCCCAUCUUUCCUGUCUAAUCCCCAUCCCUUUUGUAUUUUGCAUGACCCUUAAUAUUCCCCCCUAAAUCCCCUCUCUGAAAGUGCCUUCUACUCAAGAAAAUAAUGUUAUUUAGAAAACCAAACAUAUGCUUUAGAGUCAAAUCAUCGUCUUUUUAUCUGUAUGGCUUCGUGCUGAAAAAUAAAAACAGAAUUUAUUAAAA